CUGAGCCCUAUCCACACAGCUGGCCUAGAUCUAUUAUAGAUCCGCGGAGUUUCUUCCACUAGGUACGGAACGUUUUACGAAAGAGAGGAAGUCUCUCCUUGCGAGUCAACCUAACGCCGAAAAGUUGUGGCAACGCCGCCCCACAGUGCCGAUUUGCCCUAUCUUGAACCAAGAGAGAGCAUUGGGAUAUUAGUUCUUAAUGAAUAGGAGAGAACCCAUUUUGAAAGUCUAGCUGUCAACAAAAAACAAAAAGAGAAAAAAACACCAGCGGCUGGCAUCAUGACGACCGUCAAGCCAGUACUUCGGAGAAGCCACACGAAAUCAAAAUCUGGCUGCCAGGCUUGUAAGCAGCGGCAUGUCAAAUGUGACGAAUUUCGACCAACAUGCCACAGAUGUCUCUCUUCAAAAAUACCGUGUAAAUAUCCGGAUCAGCCUCCGGAGGAAGAGCCUGAGCAGGAGACCCCAUCUCUCUGGUGGCCGGAAGACAUUGAAACUGCGUGCGCAGAAUGGAAAGAAACGGGGGAGCCACCAUUCAUAUCUUUAGCUCCUUCACCGAGCUGGCAUAAUAUGGAUAUGAAGGACUUGCGGUACAUAUACAAGAUGGCUCUUGUUUCCAACAUCCUCGAGCUCAGCAACACAAACGACAUCUGCCUGUUAUGGGGUGAGAUGGGCGUGCUGUUCCAACUCGCAACACAAUUCGACUUCGUCGCACAUACCUUGGCUGCAACAUCAGCACAGCGACUUGCAGUAACUACAAAGUCACACGAGGCCUCCUUAGACGCGCACCAGUACCGGAAGCAAGCCCUCCAUGGACUGUAUCGGGCAAUGGGGAGUUUUUCCAAAGAUAAUUCUGAUGCAAUCUUGGCGGCCUCCCUAGGGUGCUCAUACAUCAUGUCGGACUCGCGUUCUUUAAUGACCCUUGCGGGAAACAUUUCCACUGUGGCGAACCGAAUGAGACCUUGGUUGAAGCGGUCAGCCUUCCAUCGGAUAUUCACAUAUGAGCCUCCUUACCUCGACAACGAAGAACAGGCAGCGGCAACGCCACCCGAGACUGGCGACGUAGAGCACCGCUUCGCCCUUGUCAAGAAGUUGCUAGCGGAAGGCGUCAACUCGGUCAACGGAUUAGCAUUCUGUUUCCAAGGCGAUCGAGAUCUUUCCGCCGUCCUCCGACAGCUCAGAGACGUGAUGCGUCUCGUCCAUGAACGACUCGGCUCCGACAUCACCACAGAAGACCAGUACCGAUUAGUAUACCCCUUCACGGCAUGGUUUGUGAAAAGCCCAGCUGCUUCUUUCGUGUCUCUCAGCAAGAAGAACCCCUAUAUGCUGGUCUUCCUGCUGCACAUGUAUGCGGUGGUCGUCACGCUCACAACGGCACUGCCGAGGAUCGACGUUCCUUUAUUCGCAAAGUAUCGUUUGAGAGCAAUCCUCCAAAUCUGCAACAUUUUGAAAAACGACCCGGGGUUUUUGUGCCAGCGAUGUAAUGGCUUUCAUGCAUAUCAAGAGAUUAUGUCUUUUCCCCUGAAUAGCGUUUCUGCGUAUCAGCAACUUGGGCGAGAGAAGGCGUUUCUUGGAGCAUAAUUAGCGAGCGUGUUGCCACUGUUUGGCUUUUUCCUUUUCCUUAUUUCUAUUUUUUCCCCUCAAUUUCUUCUCCAUCCUCCUCUUCUUCCCACUCCUUUGUAUUAAUAUUUGCAAAGAGUUUGCAACAGCAAGCAAAGUCUCAUGCAGUUUGUUUGGAAUUACUUAGCGAUAGCAAACAUAUGUUUAUGAUUUGAGCAAGGCAAUGGCUGCUUUGGCGCCGUGAAGCGCAAUCAUACCCAACCGACCACGUUGUUGGUUCCCCUAGCCUAGCCAUUAAUUCAUCUACCAUACUUUUCGGC